AUGUCUUCCACGGAUGUCUCUGUCGAGAGCAUCUCGCCCUUUGGCACAGCCCGCUCGACCGUCAAGGGUGAGCCUCUCGGCAGCGACGAGCUGAAGCUCCAUGAUGACUAUAUGCGAGCCAGUCUUUAUCUCUGCCUUGGCAUGCUUUAUCUCAAGAAGAAUGCCCUGCUCAAAGAGCCACUCAAGGUCGAAGACUUGAAAGCCAGGCUCCUCGGGCACUGGGGGUCCGAUGCUGGUCAAGUUUUCACCUAUGUCCACAUGAAUCGCCUUAUCAAAAAGUAUGAUCUCGAUGUUAUCUUCAUCUCCGGCCCCGGACACGGAGCCCCCGCGGUGAUCUCUCAGGCCUAUCUGGAGGGUGUCUAUAGCGAAGUUUACCCGGAUAAAUCCGAAGAUGAAGAAGGCAUGCGGAAAUUCUUCAAGCAGUUUUCCUUUCCCGGGGGCAUCGGUAGCCAUGCUACCCCUGAGACGCCUGGGAGUUUGCACGAAGGAGGUGAGCUGGGCUACAGUGUUUCACAUGCCUUUGGCACCGUUUUCGACCACCCGAAUCUGAUCGCUCUGACCAUGGUCGGUGAUGGUGAGUCCGAGACUGGUCCGUUGGCUACCAGCUGGCAUAGCACCAAAUUCCUCAAUCCCAUCACCGACGGUGCUGUUCUCCCUGUUCUCCAUCUCAAUGGCUACAAGAUCAACAACCCCACUGUGCUCGCCCGUAUCAGCCACCGAGAGCUGGAGGCGCUGUUCAUCGGCUACGGCUGGACUCCGUACUUCGUCGAAGGCAGUGAUCCCUUGAGCAUGCACCAGGCCAUGGCUGCCACCUUGGAGAAGUGUGUCGUGGAGAUUCGAGCCCACCAGAAGAAGGCACGCGAAUCAGGAAAGGCGUUCCGACCUCUGUGGCCCAUGAUCGUCCUUCGAAGCCCGAAAGGCUGGACUGGCCCACGAACCGUGGAUGGACACUACCUUGAAGGCUUCUGGCGAGCCCAUCAAAUCCCCCUGCCAGAUGUCGCGUCUAGCUCCGAGCACCUGAAACUCCUUGAACAGUGGAUGAAGAGCUACACCCCCGAGCAGUAUUUUGGUAAGGAAGGAAAACUGGUCCCAACUCUGAAGAAGCUGGUUCCGGAGGGUAACCGGCGGAUGAGUGCCAACCCUGUCGCCAAUGGUGGUAUCUUGAAGAAGCCGCUGCUCAUGCCCGACUUCCGUGAGUACAAGCUGGCCUGCGAGAAAGGAGGUAUAACCGAAGCACCCAGCAUGUCGAACAUGGCCGUCUUCCUGCGAGACAUCAUUGCAAAGAACCCACACAACUUCCGUCUUUUUGGUCCAGAUGAAACCGAGUCCAACAAGCUUGGCGGAGUCUACGAGGCCGGUAAGAAAGUGUGGAUGGGCGAAUACUUUGAAGAAGAUGAAGAUGGUGGCAAUCUGGCUUUCAACGGUCGUGUCAUGGAGAUGCUCAGUGAACAUACCGUCGAAGGUUGGCUCGAAGGCUACCUCCUGUCUGGGCGCCAUGGAUUGCUCAACAGCUACGAGCCAUUCAUUCACAUCAUCGACUCGAUGGUCAACCAGCACUGCAAGUGGAUUGAGAAGUGCCUCGAGGUCGAAUGGCGUGCUAAGAUUGCCUCUCUCAAUAUCCUGUUGACGGCCACCGUCUGGCGGCAAGACCACAACGGCUUCACCCAUCAAGAUCCCGGAUUCCUGGACGUCGUCUGCAACAAGUCCCCAGAGGUUGUCCGCAUCUAUUUGCCACCUGAUGGAAACUGUCUCCUGUCGGUGAUGGACCAUUGCUUCCGAAGCAGCAACUACGUCAACGUCAUUGUUGCCGACAAGCAGAAUCACUUGCAAUAUCUCGACAUGGACGCAGCCAUCGAGCACUGCACCAAGGGUGCCGGCAUCUGGGACUGGGCCUCCAACGACCAAGGGCAAGAGCCCGACGUCGUCAUGGCAUCUUGCGGCGACGUCCCGACCAUGGAAUCACUGGCCGCGACGGCGUUGCUCCGAGAGUACAUUCCGGAGCUCAAGAUUCGUUUUGUCAAUGUGGUGGAUCUGUUCAAGCUGAUCCCCGAGCACGACCACCCUCAUGGCAUGUCCCAACGAGAAUUUGAGGCCAUCUUCACGCCCAACAGGCCCGUCAUCUUCAACUUCCACUCAUACCCCUGGCUCAUUCACCGUCUGACGGCCCAGCGACCCAGCCAAGCCAACCUCCACGUGCGCGGCUACAACGAGAAGGGUAACAUUGACACUCCUCUCGAGCUCGCCAUCCGCAACCGCACCGAUCGCUUCAGUCUCGCCAUUGAAGCACUCGACAGGAUGCCUGAGCUGGGCAACAAGGGUGCCAGUGCCAGAGAGAAGCUGCUGAGCUCACAGAUCAAGUAUCGCACGGCAGCGUUCAACGAGGGUAUCGACCCAGAAGAGAUCAGGAAGUGGGUCUGGCCCUUUUAA